UUAAUGCAAUAAAUUUGUACGUUAAUGGAAAGUGACAAUUCUGGUUAAGCUCUUUUGUUUAUCGUCCGUGGGUUACGACUUAGGUACAAACCGCACAUGGGUUUGAGGAUCCAGGAUAAUGCGCAUGAAUAAAUUUGUGGGGAUUUAAUUAUUAAGGAAGAAUUAAGUUAUGUAUUAGCGUUGGCGGUUUUCAGACGAAAUUUUGAAAAUUUGUAAAAAUUUUGUCAUGGACACACUAGAGAAGCAAAUUUUAGAAUAUGGUCAGAAAAAGGAUACCCAGUCUCUUCAGAACUUAAUUUUAAAUUCCGAGGAAGAGGUAAUUGAACUGAUUCAAAACCGUGUAAUUAGUUCGAAUUUUCCAAAAAUAUGGAAAUAUCUAUUACAAUCAAUAAGCGAUUCAAUAGAAUGUCAUGAAAAAAGAAUUGGGAUAGUUUUAACUCUGAUAAAAGAACUUCAAGAAAGGGAAAUUUCAUCAUCAAACUCUUUAUGUGUGGUUCAGGAUAUCUGUGUUGAGCUUCCAAAGUUUAAAUCAGUACACUUAGUAGAAAUUUGCAACAUUUGUAUGUCCUCUAUUCAGUCCACCAAUGAAAGUUCCAAUAUGAUUUGGAAAGAUAUCUUACCAGAUGUUUUACAAAUUUUGACUCAAAGGGAUAUUGUAGAUUAUAACGGAUUAGAGUAUACAGGAGCAGAAUUUAAAUCCAAUUUUAUUAACACUUUAUGUAUAGGAAACUGGAGUCCCAAUAUCGUCACUAGUAUUACCUCUAUGUUUAAUGAUAUUCCCUUGACAAAAGAAGAACAUCUGAAAAUAGUUACCAAAUUGACAUCCUACAUAGGAAGGAUGACUCCCCAAGAAAUUCCACCAUUCGUAUACCAGCUUUUAAGAUUGUGUCGGCACCACAAUAGCAAAAUUGUAUUCAUAAAGCUUAACUACUAUUUUAAUUUGAGAGUUUACAUCAAUCCAAAUUUUUCCAGGCCCAGUAAUUCAGACAGUCCAGAUUUAGAUAUAAUUGAAAAUGCUGAGAAUCAUGACAUAUUAGACACAGAAAGUACUGUUUUGUUCCAUAUUCAUAAUGCUGCAGCGCUAGGUCAUAACUCCAUUAAAGAUUACUUAAAUUCUCUAAAAAAUGUAGUAAAGUCUCCUGAAUUUAUUCUGCAGCCUUUCCAGUUACUAGUUCUCUUAACAAUAUCAGCAAUCCAACAUUAUGAGGAAAUGGUGUUUGAUAUUAUUCGACCAGCAGUUGUGAGAUCAUUUAUGGAAGAGCACAAAAAGCAGUGUUCUUACUUUUAUCGAGAUUUGAUGCUCCAAAACUGUAAACCGGAACAGAUAUUUACCCAGGUUUUAGACAUUGGCUUACACGACAAGGAAUUGGUUUUGCAACCAAUGGUUAAUUUCGGAUUUGCGCUAUUAAGCGUCGGAUCUGCCUUAGGGAGGGACAUCAUUGCUGAGAAACAAUGGUCCUUGGGGACCAUGAUUUUGUUAAAAAUUAUAAAAUAUAAACGACAUGUUGCUCCUGUAAUCUUAAAAACUUUUACUAACAACAUUUUUUCAAGACAGAAUGCAAUUCAGUACAUAGAAUGCCUCUAUUUACUGAGCAAAUCAUUUCCACUUCUUAUGAUGGAAAAUCAGAGCUCUAUUGUCGAACUAACGGAAAGCUUAGUGCAGAUCCCAGGAAACGUGGGAAAUCAGUUACUCGAUGCCUUAAUACCCUUGGCGAGAGUGCUGCCUAGUAUUCGUGAUCAGCUUAUAUUGGUGUUGAGGAAAGCUUUAUAUUCUAGGUCGGUUGAAACGAGACAGACUGCGGUGGACGGUUUCAUAAAAUUAAUAUCUAAUACAAAAAUAUCAAACCUUUUGAUUUUGAGUCAAUCAAGUAACAGUGGAUCUUUCUCAUCGGGUCAUUCUCUGUAUACGCAAAUAUCGCUGAACAGGUCUACUCAGACAGUGGGGUCGAGUAGCUUUAGUGGCGAAGCCAUUUGUUUUGAGGUUUUGGGCAUUUUGAAGAGGUGUUUUAUUCAGCAGGCCGAAGUACGCUCCAGACUAUACGAAGGUUUAUACUAUGCGGUAUCUGUAAACCCUGACUUGGGUAUUCCAGUAUUGGAUGUUUUAUGGUUUCAUUUUCUUGAAUAUUAUAUUAUCAAUGAAGAAGCUCUACCACCUUUAAAUUUCGGCAAAGUAGCUAAUCUUCGUGACACAGACAGCGUCUUACAAGAACCUCUGGGUAAAUUUGUUUUUGCCAUAUCUCAAAUUUUAACCAAAGUUCAGGAAUCCGAGGAAGACAGGGAUAAUUCUACAGUAGUAAAAUAUCUCCAAUUUAUGGAAUCUCUCUGUAAUCGAAUGAUCAACUGUGAAUUGAUACACCUUGAAUUGGAUGAUGGUACAGAUCUUUUUGACACUUUGCCUGAAAGUCAACACAAAAUGCAUAUCCUAAAAGAGGCGCUUACAGUGUAUGAGGCCCUCAUUGGCUAUAAAAUAUCGUCUUGGACAAUUACAUCAGAAAACCAAGGUCUUUCCAUAAACGGUCUGAUGCAGGGCUACAACCGAUUUCUGUAUUUCGCAAAGGUUUCUCACAAGCCAAAGAAAGGCAAAAAGAUUGAUGUAAAAAAUACCCAAUCCCAAAAUAACACGAAACAUAACCAGACUCGAGGAAAUAAUACAACAAAAAAUGAAAUUCAUCAAAGAUCAAACUCAAAAGUGUUUAAAAUUCCUGAUACAAUAUUGAAGAUGUCAACAGUGGAUAAAGCUCUGAAAACAUUGCUCGACAUCAAUUGUAGGCCUAGCGUAAUAUGGACUUCCAACACAAAUGCGGUCGUAAUAAAAACCAAAACUGAUUUGCAUAGACAUUUCCUGCAUGCAGCUAUGUUUCUGGUCAACAAAGUAAAGAGCGAGAAAUUUAUAGACAGCGAACAUAAGAAACGCUCAUAUAAAGACAUAACAUCAAUUGCAAAUGUAAUAUAUACCAGAAUUUUGUGUAAAUUCAAUGAAUAUGUUGAUUUUGAUUGUCCUGCUGCCAUUCUUGGUCUUGAAUGCUUUCAUGCUAUUUUAGUGAUAAUGACUGGGCAAUUUAAGAGCAAUAUUUCCAAUUUCUUAAGUGAUAUCGAUGCCACUAACGGUGAAGAAGAAUCUAUGUUGGAACAUCUAAGGUCAUUAAUCGAGAAUUUUAAAAACUUAUAUGAGACUGCCGAAGAUAACACUUCCGAUGAUCCAGAUGUAAAAAAAAUAUCUCUUAUAGUGGCAAAUAUAUUGACGGUUUUGGCAGAUGUAAUUCCUACCAAUAGCAAUGUUGUUGCAUUACAGUUGUAUGAUUGGAUGAAAACCCAGGCAAAUGAGAAAGCUGCUACAGGAAAGGUUGCUGGUGUUUUAAUGAAUUUGCUUUUUGAAACACACGUCAAACAUAAAAUCGGACUGUCACUCUUUGAAAAUAUCUCGCGAAGUCUUAAGAACUGUAUAGGUGGCAUAGGAGAGGAUACUACUCAAGCAGAUAAUGAUGUCACCAUAAAAAUUGUAAAUGCCGGCACUUACAGUUACAUCAUAUUAUCUCUGUGUGGCAAUUUAAAAGCAAUAUUGGAUGAUUUGGAUAAUAUAAUCGCAAGAUUGAAAUCCGAUUACUCCAUCAUAAUUUUUCCAGGAGAGGAAAAUAUUGAAAAAAAAAAAGAUGAUUUACGCGUCAAAGAGAAAGCAGUUUCUUGUCAACUGUGUUUUGUAAACAAAAUUCUAAUUAAUUUAACCGCCAUCGCCAUCCCAGCCGGUAAUUUAUCAGAUGCGAUAUUCAAAAGUCUAAUGCAGUUUUACUCUUCACUUACGUCACUUACCAAGUACUUCUUAACCAAGUCAUCAAAAACCAAUUUAGCGUUUCAGACAGCAAGGUUUGAAAACCUUGUAAAGUUGGCUGGCAAAAAUUUAGCUCCACUUGUAUAUAACUUGAUUCUGCAUAUAGAUGAAAGUCAACCUAAAGAAAAUGAAACCCAGGCAAAGAAAAAAACUGUAGAUUCGUCAGUAAUGAAGAGUAAAGUGUUACGAGAAACGAGAAUCAUCCCGAAAGUUAUCUAUGAGAUCGAACAGUUCAGCAAGACCGUCAUCCAACUUUCGAAAAAGACUAAAUGCGAUUUAUCAAAAUAUGUUGGGUCAGGAACAGUUCGGGAUUUUCGAAUAAAAAAGCUCAAAGAAAUCCUAGAAGAGGCAGGGGAAAUUGAUGCAACGCAGGCUAGUAGUGUAGCGCCGGAGACUCUGAGUACCACCAGAAGUGGGCUGGAAGAAAAUAAUGAACAAAACAAAGAGUCCUCAGUUCCACCUACAAAAAAAUCAAGACACCAGUAAUAUUGACAUUACUAUUUCAAAUUCGUUUAUGUAUGUUUAAAUAUAUUUUUGUUAACUAUUCUUAAAAUAUUGAACAAUUAUCCAUUUAGACUCUCACAAUGAGGAACAAUUAAACGUAUCAUGCUCAUUAUCCGUGUUUUCAAAAUCAAUUCAAAAACAAUGAAAUUGGUCCAGAGACCAAAUAAUUAAAAAAAUAUAUUAUAUACAGAGGAUUCUAUUUAAUGUUUUAAUGCAGCAGAAGUGCAUAACCAGAACUAACUACCAAUAAUUUAAUUUUUACAUCAAUAUACACGUAAAUACCCUUUCUCAUUAAUUGUAAUUCUUGUACCUAAUGUAAACUCAUGUUCUCGUGUAAUUUAAUUUAAUUCUACUUUUCUACAAAAAAUUUCAUGUUAAUAUUUCAAUGUGUCUACUACCAAGUUGCAAGAAAUUUGGCAGAUAAAAUUACCAGCUAUUUCUUCCCCUAUUUCUGCGCGUGUAAGUCUGAGCAAAGGAUUUAUUUAUUUAAAUUUCAAAGAAUAUAGGCUGGACCAGUUGAGUAAAUAGUUAUUAUUUUUUUUAUAUUCGAACGGGAAGAACAGUGACCUCAAUGCAAUUAGUAUAUUGUCGGAAGUGCCAAAGCUUCACACUUAUAUGAUAUUCGGAGUUACGGACAUUCCACCAAAUACUGCAUUCUUAUCAUACUA